UACGUGUCUUAAGGUCAAGGUAUCGAUCCUCCUGUGUGAUUUAUUUGCUCUUUCACGGGGGAUACGUCGGCCUUCAAUGCCGAAACAAGAAUGUCUGCCGUCCUACAGUAAAAUAAAAGAUGAUAUCUUUGCUGCUCAAUUUAUCGUAAAUAAAAUCGACCUUGAAAACGAGCAUGUUGUAUUGUGGCCCAAAGUCAGAUUUGCUUCUUGACAUAGCAUGAAGAUCCAAUGUUGUCAUAGCGAGCGAUUUCUCACUCUCAUAUUUGAACGGUGUCAAAAUAUAAAAGACGUGAUUUCCGAAGAUCUUGUAAAUCAGAGACCGUGGACCAACGAUUUGCAACUGAAGCAACAUUAAGAUUACAAUCAAAUCAUCACAUCAUUACAACAGCAAGCAUGUCGACAUUGUUGAAAUUGGCAGACGAUGAGCGAUUUGCACUGAUGAAAUUCAGGCGAUCCGUGCAAGAUGUUUUGCAGCCACACCACGACGACCACUUUCUGCUUCGUUGGCUAAGAGCGAGAAAAUGGGAUCCUACUGCGGCGGAAAAGAUGCUGAGAGACUCUUUGCAAUGGCGAAAACAAUACGACGCUGAUAAUAUAUCUGAGUGGAAUCCUCAUAAUGGAAUGUUGGAUUAUUUUCCUCAUGGAUUAAGCGGAUUCGACAAGGACGGCGCACCAAUUAUCAUCGUACCAUUUGCCGGACUAGAUAUGCACGGAGCAUUGCACGUAAUAAGUCAAAACGACUUCAUCAAAUAUAUGAUAAAGUUCUUGGAUUAUUACUUGAAUUUGGCCAGGGAGCAAUCGAAGAUUCACGGACAAGUCGCCAAUCAACUGACUGUCGUCUUUGACAUGGAAGGAUUUAAUCUUAAGCAGUAUUUGUGGAAACCAGCUGGCGAAUUGGUCCUCGCUCUUAUCCAAAUGUACGAGUCGAAUUAUCCGGAAAUUCUAAAAGUAUGCUUUAUCAUUAAUGCUCCAAGGGUGUUCGCCUUUGCUUUCAGCAUUGUCAAGAAAUUCAUGAAUGAAUACACAAUUUCGAAAAUACAAAUUUACAAAGCUGAUCCUUCGAAAUGGCAACCUAUGAUAUUGAAAGUAAUACCAAAGGAUCAAUUACCAGCCCAUUUCGGUGGGUCGUUAACGGAUCCGGAUGGCAACCCAAGACUUGCGACAAAAGUUUGCCAAGGUGGCAAGAUACCUAAAGAAAUGUACGCCAAUGCGGAUAAUAUCAAGUCAAACGAAGAUUAUACCACCGUUAUCGUACGGAAAGGCGGAAAAUUGGAGUUCGAUAUCUCCGCGCCCCAAGAAGGUUCUAUAUUAAGUUGGGAAUUUCGAAGCGAGGGUCAUGAUAUUAAGUUCGGGAUUCUCAAAAAGGAUGCGUCAAACGGAAUACGAACGGAAGUUAUACCUGUUCGAAGGGUCGCAUCUCAUCAGUCGGAAGAGAUGGGACUUCUGACCUGCGAAGCGCCGGCAACCUAUUCCAUCGUUUUCGACAAUAGUUACAGUUUCCUAAGGAAUAAAAAGGUUCAUUAUUCCGUACGUAUGCUACCACCGGCGGAAAUACAGAAUGUAACGUAAUUUCUAACAAAACAGGUUUUGUUAGAAAAUUUACAGUUAUCCUGGAUUUUAAAACACAUUUCUUUACUUAAUAAUAAAUUCAACUAAAUUAAAUACUUGAGGAAAUAAUUAUCUUAUACAACGUGCAAUUCAAAAGUAACGCUUACAUUUUUCCUAGUGCAGUGACUUUUGUUUGCACGCAGAUUUUGCUAUAAAUUUGAAUAAAAAAUAAAUCUUUUGAUCGAAUUUACAGAUUUACCGUCCAAUGUAUAUCUAACAAGUAGAAUUUGAUCAUGAUUUUAAAGAUUGCGUUGAAUUUUUUAAUAUAAUAGCACAAGAUGUAUAUUUUACUACUUAAAUUUGUUAUGUGAUUCGUUAUAUGUUAAUUUUUAUUCAUAGCUUUGUUCAUAGAUUACUGAUUCAUAGAUCACAGAUCGUUAGAUUAUUUCUUUCUCCGAAACGAGCACAGUAUAUUAUAAUAUAAUGGAAGUGGCUAGUGAUAGUAAAAAAGGAUGGGGCAAUAUAUGGCUUGGGACAUGAAAAUGUGUCUCAACAUAUAACUGAAUUGAGAAUUAUAUAAUAUACCUUUUUAUAUAAAAUACAAAAAAUGUAUUAUAAAAUGAAGCACUUAGUCGUCCUCAUCCGUCAGUAGCAUAUCGAUAAGCUCAGGUUUUAAUAAUUGGUCGCCUUCUAAACGUUUCUGAGUGCCCCAUCUAGCCAGAGUUGGCAAGACCUUUAAUUUGGUAACAGGAUUCGUCCUGAAUGGACAAUUGUGAUCUUUCCAACUAGAAUAAUAUAUAAAAAACAAGUUCUAAGUUUUCUUCCAUGUUAAUGUAGAUAGUAAUUACUACGUGGCAAUGGUAUUUGUAUAAAAACAAAUUAGUUGAUUGAAUAAAAACAAAACAGUUGCUAUAAUAAAACAGUAUACUUU